CCCGCCCCCCGGCCCUGGGCGCCCCGCCCCUCCAAUGCUGAGCUCAGUCUGUGUCUCCUCCUUCCGCGGGCGCACGGCGGCCAAACAGCCGCAGCAGCCGCCGGCGCAGCCUCCUCCUGCUCCUCCUCCUCCUCCGCCUCCGCCUCCUCCUCCCAGCCCCUGUCCCUGUCCCUGUCCCAGUCCCGGCCCCUGUCCCUGUCCCUGUCCGGGUCCCUGCCCCGGGCCCGGGUCCGCCUCGGUCCCGGGCCCCGGCCCGGCUCCUCCUGGGCCGCCCGCGGGGGGCGCGCCAUGCCCCGGGGGCCCGGCCAUGGGGCGACACGGCGGCGGCGGCGACAGCGACAAGAUCGUGAUCAACGUGGGCGGCGUGCGCCAUGAGACGUACCGCUCGACGCUGCGCACCCUACCCGGGACGCGGCUGGCCGGCCUCACGGAGCCGGGGGCGGCAGCCAACUUCGACUACGACCCGCGCAGCGACGAGUUCUUCUUCGACCGGCACCCAGGCGUCUUCGCCUACGUUCUCAACUACUACCGUACUGGCAAGCUGCACUGCCCGGCCGACGUGUGCGGACCCCUGUUCGAGGAGGAGCUCGCGUUCUGGGGCAUCGACGAGACCGACGUGGAGGCUUGCUGCUGGAUGACCUAUCGGCAGCACCGCGACGCUGAGGAGGCGCUGGACUCCUUCGAGACCCCAGAGCCGGCCGCCGCCGCCGGAGGCCCCGGGGGACCUGGGGCCGGUCCCGGAGGGCUAGGGGACGACGAGGCGGGUGGCUUGGACGCCGCCGGGGCCGGAGGGGAGCUCAAGAGACUCUGCUUCCAGGAUGCGGCCGGUGGGGCCGCAGCCGGGCCCGGGGGGGCCGCGGGGGCGACGUGGUGGCGUCGCUGGCAGCCCAAAGUGUGGGCGCUCUUCGAAGACCCCUACUCGUCCCGGGCGGCCAGGUAUGUUGCCUUUGCCUCCCUCUUCUUCAUUCUCAUCUCCAUCACCACCUUCUGCCUGGAGACCCACGAGGGCUUCAUUCACAUCCACAACAAGACGGUGACACAGGCAUCCUCGGUGCCGGGGGAGCCGCCAGAGAAUGUGACCAACGUGGAAGUGGAGACAGAACCCUUCCUGACCUAUGUGGAGGGUGUAUGUGUGGUCUGGUUCACCUUUGAGUUCCUCAUGCGAGUCACCUUCUGCCCGGACAAGGUUGAGUUCCUAAAGAGUAGCCUGAACAUCAUUGACUGCGUGGCCAUCCUCCCCUUCUACCUGGAGGUGGGCUUGUCAGGGCUGAGCUCCAAGGCCGCCAAGGAUGUACUGGGCUUCCUUCGGGUGGUCCGCUUUGUGCGGAUCCUCCGCAUUUUCAAGCUGACUCGACACUUUGUGGGGCUUCGGGUGCUGGGACACACACUUCGAGCCAGUACCAAUGAAUUCCUCCUGCUCAUCAUCUUCCUGGCUUUGGGAGUGCUCAUCUUUGCCACCAUGAUCUACUAUGCGGAGCGAAUUGGGGCUGACCCUGAUGAUAUCCUGGGCUCCAACCACACUUACUUCAAGAACAUCCCCAUUGGCUUCUGGUGGGCCGUGGUUACCAUGACAACCCUGGGGUAUGGAGACAUGUACCCCAAGACUUGGUCAGGGAUGCUGGUGGGGGCGCUGUGUGCCCUGGCAGGUGUCCUUACCAUCGCUAUGCCUGUUCCUGUCAUCGUCAACAAUUUCGGCAUGUAUUACUCGCUGGCUAUGGCCAAACAGAAGCUGCCCAAGAAAAAAAAUAAGCAUAUUCCUCGCCCCCCUCAGCCGGGCUCACCCAAUUACUGCAAGCCUGAGCCCCCUUCCCCUCCGCCCCCAGCCCCCGGGCUCCCCCAUCAUCACAGUGGCCUCAGCCCUCCCCCACCUGGAUCGUACCCAACGGGGCUGCCUGGGCCCCAUGGCCAUGUGCACCCAGGGCUCUUGAGGGGUGGGGCGGGGGGGCUUGCGGGAAUGGGCCUGCCCCCUCUGCCUGCCCCUGGAGAGCCUUGUCCGCUGGCUCAGGAGGAGGUGAUUGACAUCAACAGGGCAGACCCUCGCCCUAAUGGGGACCCGGCAGCUGCUGCCCUAGCUCAUGAGGACUGCCCUGCAAUUGACCAGGCAGCCCUGUCCCCGGAAGACAAGAGUCCCAUCACCCCUGGGAGCCGUGGCCGCUAUGGACGAGACCGGGCAUGCUUCUUGCUGGCUGAUUACACAGCUUCCCCAGAUGGCUCCAUCCGAAAAGGUUAUGAGAAGUCCCGCAGCCUGAGCAGCAUCGCGGGGCUCAGUGGGGUGUCCUUGCGUCUUGCCCCCCUUGCCACUCCCCCUGGCUCCCCAAGGGCUGCCCGCCGUGCCCCUCCUGCCCUGCCCUCCAUUCUCUAGCCCCCAUCCCCCUCUUCGGGGGGACUCAGGGGUGGUGGGGGAUGGUUCCAGGUGUAGGGGUGGGGGCGGUAUUUUUUAAAGGGUCACAAAUAAUAUGCAAUUGAUAUGACCGCCAGCAAACCCCCAGACCCCCUCCCCACUUCCUCUAGGCCCCCAAGAAGGAGGGGCAGAGCCUCAGUACCCCCCAAAAGCCUUCUCAGGUCUCCAUGAGCCAUAUUGCCCCCUCCCAAAUCCACACGCUCAUUGAAAUGUGUAAAUAAGUGAGAACUGUGCCGGUUAACUUUGGGACACCCUUUCGGCUGCCCCACGGUUUCUGAGGCAGCCUCUGUCCUCUUCCAUCUUUGUGCAUGUCCCCCCUAGAGCCCCAAUUCCCUGCAAGAGCAAUAAGCUGCCUCUGGCCGCAUGCUGUGUCCCACCCUAGACCACCCGGGCAAUAGGGAGUUGGGGGGAGUCCAUCCAUCCCCUGGGCCUUCCUUGGUCACCUUGGCCCCAGUCUGCAGUAGAAGGAGCUGAGGAUUUGAUUGCAAAUCAAAGACAAAAAGAAACGAGGUGGGGUGGAGGUGCCAAGGCCCAGAGAGGGACUGGAAGUGGAUCUGGGGAAGUAACGGGUUGUCAUCUUUUAAAGGUCAUAGUAGUGAGUGUUGGGGUGAAAUGUGGCGCAUGUCUGUGCCACUGGCCCACAAAGGUGAUGAGCCAUGCACGGAGAUGUAGUGGGGUAGUGCUAUGUAGACGUGUUUGUGUGUAUGUGUGUGUGUGUGUGUGUGCGCGCGCGUGCGCGCGUGCGUAUAUGUGUGUGCAUGUAUGUGUGUGUACGCGUAUUUGUGUGAGAGUGCAUGCAUGUGUACAUGGAUGGUGAUAGUGGGCAUGAGACUUUCCAGGAUUGGAUCACUCCAUCUCCCUGACCCACCUCCCUCUGGAAAGGGAUGGACCUGCCCUCCCCGCCAGCGUCUUGCUGUUCUCAAUCGCUGCCUCCCCCCGCCACACACACACACAUUCUAAUUCUGGAGUUGCCAGGCUGAAUUCACAGACCAGGGCAACUCCCCCCCACCAUGUACUCUCAUGCCCAAGCUUGGGGAAUGUCCUCCCUGAGGACUGCAGCCCCCUGGGCCCCCUCGUCUUUCUUAUCUAUUCCCCUCACCUGGAGCAGAUCGUGGGGACUGGGUCUGCAUGUGCAUGAGCUCCCAAGAGAUCCUCCUCUGUUCCGUGUCUUCUCACCCCCUGAAACCCCCACAUCCCAGCGGGGUCCGGGGGAUGGGACUCGUGGGACACAAGGGAAAUCACUGGGAUGUCCCCAAAACCCUGCUCGAGGCCAGGCUCCUGAUGCUGCUUCGUCAGGGACCCCCAGACGCUCAGCAUCAGCAUCACCUUCCGUUCUCACAAGCAGAUUGCAGUGUGUGGUGUACUCCUCCUCCUAGCCCGUGGUCUCUCUCACAUCCACACACCCGUUGGGUGCCUGGGGGUCUUUACCUAGAGCCCUCCCUCUAUUUCCAUCCUCCAGGAGUUUGGGUGUGGCCGGUGGCUAGAUUUGGAGGCAGAGUUUCUCCCUCCCUCAUCUCGUGACUCCCAGUCCUCUGUGUGCCCACCCCACCCCCCCAGCCAGCCUGGCCACAGUAUCUCAGAGGUAGCUGCGCUCAAACACUAUUUUGCACAUUGGGGCUUCCAGGUCUUGCCAGAAGCCCUCUUCUGGGUUCUCUGAUCUACUUUUUGACAAUUUAUCUCCCCUGAGUUCUCCAAGGACAUCUGCGCCCCACCCCCAGCCUAGCAUUGCAUUGUCUGGUCAUGGCCUUGUGUUAACUGUGCUCAUGAACGGUCCCAGACCUUCCCUCACUAGGCUUCCAACUCAUCUUCAGCACUACCAAAAUGCAGCCAUCACAUAUCACCCCCCCCCAAAAGGGAUAUGGAAUGUAUAGUGUCACAUCCCUAGCGUCCCAGGAGAAAGUGCAAUUCCCCCCACAGCUGAGGGGGAGGUCACUAAGUUGGUAAGCCAAUUGCUCUCCCUACCCCCCAUGCCCUGCAUGGACCCAAGCACCUUCCCCAAACCAAGGAUUGGCCUGUACCCCUCUUCUAUAACUCCUAGACCCGCAGAAUUUGCCCCAAAUCCCCCUCUCUCCUCUGGGGGAGGGGCAGGGAGUUUCUCCUUAUGCAAAGUUUCCUAUGCAAGGGGCUCCUUAGACAUCCCCGCCCUCCUCUACUCUUCUAUCCUUUUCCCUUGCUACCAAGCCUGGAAGAUCAGGGUUGGGGGCAAGAAGCCAGAGUUCUCUGAUGAUUAAUGUUACCAUGGAUGCCAAAUCCCUGGCUGGGAACCUAGAUGGGGCUGGAAGUGGGUGGGAGGAGGGGAUGCCUGGGUCCCAGGUGGGGAACGAAGAGAAGUAGGGACAAUUGUGCCAAAGGCUUAAACAUUCUCCACCACCAUCCCUCCUCCCCCCACCCAUCCACACACACAUACGUACACAUACACACCCUCCCUCUCCCAGGUUUUGAGACUUGGCGAGUUUGGAGGCCCCCCCUCAAAGGAUCCUCCCCCUGGUCCCCACCUCCAACAAAGCUUUCAGUUAGCUUUUUACAAAAAUAAACUUCGAUACAACUUUAUUUGGGGAGUGUGGGAUUUGGGGAGGGAGGACUUCCCUCC